CAGUGUUCUCCUGUGUGUUCUCUAACGGGAAUAAAGCUGAUAAAACGUUUAACAUGUUCAAACUGGUUCUAAUGGCUAUCGCGGUAGUAGCGGUCACGUGUGCACCGAUGCCGGAACCGGCACCAGCACCGGGACCAGGUCCCUUGCCGCCAUUAUUGGCUCCUUACCCGGUGAUCUACACUGCACCUUACUUGAAGGUGUACCCGUAUCAGCCGGUUCCUUUGGCGUACUAUAACGGCUACUAUAAUGACUACUACAACAAGUUUCAUCCAGGCUCGGCGUACGCUUACUAACAUCGUUUCGGACUGUCCAGACUAUUCGCCAUAUCCAGAGAAUCGCCAACACCAUCGUAUGACUCCCGUCGUAUAACGCGACUCACCGCAACGCGCCAAAUGAUUCUGAAUCGUGGAACGUUUCUAAAAUAAAAUAUUCUCUUGUCGCAAA